AUGGACAGCUGGCGGUGGGUAUUUGUGAAGGAGGGACUGGACGACUUCAGAACGGGCUGUCCAUCUCCUGAAGAUGUGAUCACUCCUGGCCCUCGGGAGGGAUUUCUCCCCAUGAUUGCUCAUAGAAUUCCCUGCCCUCCACCCAAAAAGAUUCACAGGCAGCCGCCCAAGGGAGCGGACCUGUGUUCCAAGCUCUCGCCAGCACAGCGAGCAAGGAAGGCCUUUGUCCUGAAAGUGCUAGAUCCUGACAGGGAGCUGGAGGACACGUGGGCGUAUUGUGAGGGCACCAAGGAAAGAAAGAAGACCCCCACACACCUGUGUGAAGAACAUCCUGAGGAGGUCAACCUGGAACCUCCCCAGGCAGUGAACCUGAAAUCUGCCUGGAAGCUCAACCUGGAACCUCCCGAGGAGGACAACCUGGAGCCUGAACACCAAGCCCAGGUGGAAACAGCCAAGGAGAGUCUCCAGUCAUAUUUAUUCAGUUUGUUUCCUGAGGAAGAGACAAAUGCAGCAUGCACAAUGGAUAUCCCCAAAGAUCCUGUGCUCCAAAAAGCAAGAAGAACAGUUCGUGAAUUCUGCAGAUGGAUCGAUGAUAAUUUUGGAGACAUAGGCAUUGAUGAAGAGGAAAUCAUGAAGAAGUUUGAAAUUGACUUAGAGGUCCCACUCACCCAUAAUACAGUCAAAAUAAAGAAAAUAAGCCAGCUUCCUUUGAAUAUAAGGCCUUGCAAACAGCUAGAUGAAAUACAGCAGAGAAAAUUCUCCCUGCAGGAAGGUAACUGGGAAAGGAAACUCCAAAAACCAGAAGACCCUUAUAAACCCAAAUGGGAGAAGAUAAGCCGUCCUGACAAGGAAUAUUGGACCUAUGGAUGGCAUCUUGAACCAGGCAUUAUUGAUGAACUUUAUGGACCAAUUGCCUUCAAAGAUUUCAUUGUUAGCAAGGGCUACAGGAUGCCAGGUGUGAUUGAGAAGAUGUUUAUGAGGAAGGGAUGGAACUAUGAGUCUGUCAAGACUCCUAUACACCAAGUAAUGAAACGCAUCUCCAAACCCAAAGAGGAGGAUUCAGGGGACGAAGAGGAUUAG